AAUUUCAAUCUUCAUCACGUGAAUUUGUACACGCCCUUAUUUUCUCAUAACUUUAAGUAAAUAAGUUAGGUAUAUAUCGGAUUUUUUAUUUUAGAACAAAGGAAGAAAUAAUUUCCAGAGAAGUGUUAUUUUUAAAAGAGUUUGCACUGUCAAUAGGAAAACUCAUGGAUAUAGUAUCGCCUAGACCAAAAAGAAAUUGCAGGCUACGUAAGCCGAAACCACUACCUAUUAUUUUAAAUAAGAAUGGAGAACUAUAUAAAUUCCAAGGGACAUUCGAUGGAUUUUCUGUGAAAAUUACAAAUAAGAAUGAUAUGAAAAAUAUUGUUUCCAUGGGAUAUUUUGGAAAGGCAAACUUAUCGAAAGGUUUUCCAGUAUUUGACGGUACUUUCGAUAAACCAGAAAUAAUACGCCAGAGACAGAUGAAACGACGGAAAAAGUGUCCAGAAUCAGAAAAUUCAAAAGAUAAAAGAAAAGUUAUUGUUAUACCUGAUAGCGAUGAUGAAUCAGACUAUUUCACAAAUUUACAAGCAACUUACGAUAUUGAUAAAUGUGGUGAUAAAGAAACAACGAAUUUAAUGUUAGAAGAAGCAUUUUUCUUGAAAAAUGCGAUAGGCUGUUUGGAUAUUAAUUAUGAAAAUGAUACUUUAGAUGACUUAAAACUAUGGGAAUUAUUUAGUGAAAGUGACCCAUACUUUCAACGUAACUACGCUGUAUAUUAUCAUUUCAGGAGUAAAAAUUGGGUUGUUAAACCAGGAAUGAAAUUUGGUGGAGAAUAUUUACUUUAUAAGCAAGGACCUCCUUUUUACCAUGCUUCGUAUGUCGUAACGAUUAAGAACCAACAGGAUGAACAUUUAAACACUACUAGUUUGUUAGGAUUUCAAAGAAUGUGCGAGACUGCUGGGAAAGAACUGCUCAUAUGCUUAGUUGGUUUCCCAAAAGAUCCUAUCUCUCCUCAUGAACUCUCAAAUGUAACGAUAAAGGAAAUUCUGAUGAAAAGAUGGGUCUCAACUCAGGAGAGAGAAGAAAACACUUCAUAAAACUACUAUGUAAAUUUAUAAACUUAUUUUGAAAAUAAAUAUUCCUAUGUAAAAUUA